GACCAGCCACGCUCGCCUCACGCAAGAGGCGGUACUAAAUCUGCAAUGGAAAAUGGAGGACGGGGCACCACGGUCGAGCCGAGUAGAGAGAGCUGGUACUAGCAGUGGCUUUCAGCAGUGAGGGUGGAGAGAAGUGGUGCUGAGGUGCGGACGAGGGGGGGGGGGUCCUCAGCGCAGAGAACUCAGUGCUCAGUGAACGAGCGACGAGCGGGAGCGCGCGUAUUGGAAGGAAGGGAAGGAAGGAGCUGAGGCAGAUCAGUCGCCAGCGGAGCCCCAGACAGCGGAUGAACGGAGCCGAGCGUGUGUGUCGCCCUUGUCGUUUUUUACAGCAGCUGAAAGCAGCGUCCGGCGGCCCGAAACCUGCCCGAAAAUGAUGCUCAAACUCGUCCAUCUUCUCGGGCUGCUCGUCUGCGGCAGUCAAGCCGCACUACAAGUGUCCAUAUCCUUGAACAAAGUGGAGUUAAGUGUCGGAGAGUCCAAGUUCUUCAUCUGCACAGCUAUUGGCGAGCCAGUGAGGCUGGAGUGGUACAACCCUCAGGGCGAGCGCAUCAUGCCUUCCAAGCGGAUGGCGCUCCACACAGAGACGUCACGAUCCAGGCUCAUCAUUUACAACGCCAUCAUCGAGGACGCGGGUAUCUACCGCUGCCAGGCCACGGACGCCAGCGGUCACACCGAGGAGGCCUCGGUCGUGCUGGAGAUCUACCAGAGGCUGACGUUUCGGGAUGUUCAGUCACCGCAGGAGUUCCGCCACGGUGAGACGGCGGAGGUGGUCUGUGAUGUCAUUAGCUCUCCGGUGCCCGUGGUGGUGUGGUACUACCAGGACAGAGAGAUCACCGAGGAGCACCACAGCAGGUUCCAGGUGCUGGCAAACAACAAUCUCCAGAUCCAACAGGUGACCAAGGCUGACGAGGGCGUGUACCGCUGCGAGGCCAGCGUAGAGGCCCGUGGCGAGAUCGAUUUUGUGGAUAUCGCAAUGGUAGUCAACGUCCCUCCGGUGUUGUCAGUGUUCCAGCAGUCCUUCAAUGCCACAGCUGACUACCAGGAAUCAGUCACCUUUACAUGCAUGACCUCUGGAUCUCCUGACCCUGUGGUGACAUGGCACAGGAAAGGGCAGCAGCUGGAGCCAUCCGAGCAGUACAUUAUCACCAGGCUGGAAGGCGGGCGGAGCAUGUUAACCAUCCGCAACAUCCGCCAGGGCGACGGGGGCACCUACACCUGCAAGGCCACCAACAAGGCAGGGUCUCAGGAAAGGGAGAUCUUCCUCAAAGUCUUUGUCCAGCCCCACAUAACCCAGCUGAAAAACGUGACGGCUGUAGAGGGCAGCGCCGCCAUGAUCUCCUGUGUGGCCGAGGGCGAGCCUCUGCCCGACAUUUCCUGGAAGAGAGCCAGUGACGGCCAGACCUUCGUGGACGGAGACAAGAGUCAGGAUGGACGCUUUGAAGUCCGCGGUCGUCACGGAAAAUCGGUGUUGACCAUCAGCGGUGUGAAGCUCACAGAUUUGGGCCGAUUUGACUGCGAAGCGCUGAGCAGGAUCGGUGGUCAUCAGAAGAGCAUGUUCCUGGAUAUUGAGUAUAUACCAAAGUUCCUGACCAACCACACCAUCUAUUACUCGUGGGAGGGCAACCCAGUGAACAUAAGCUGUGAUGUGAUGUCCAACCCUCCUGCCACCAUGCUGUGGAGGCGAGAGCGCUUCACCAUCUCCGCCGAGGGAACUGCCAACACGAGGGUACACAGUGCAGACGGAAAGUCUGUGCUGGAGGUGACUCCUAUGUCCGACAGGGACUUUGGCCGCUACAACUGCACAGCCAGGAACAACAUUGGAGUUCGAUACCAGGAGUUCAUUCUGGCCCAGGCAGACGUACCAUCAAAUCCAUACUCAGUGCGUCUCUCAGCUGUUUCCCAGCGCUUAGCAACCGUCACCUUCAUGAAGCCCGACUCGCAUGGCGGCGUACCCAUCAGCUACUACCUGGUCCAGUACAAGGAGAUGGGCUCACAGGACUGGAGGGACGUCAAGUCGCACAGCAUCCAGACGACAGUGGUGCUGACGGGCCUGGAGCCCAACACCACGUACGAGGUUCGUGUGGCAGCCGUCAACGGAAAGGGUCAGGGAGAGUUCAGCCACACGGAGACCUUCCAGACUUUACCCAUCCGAGAGCCGAGUCCGCCGGCGGUCCACGGGCAGAGGGGGAUGGGCAAGGCCUACAGGCUGGGGCUGGUCAAGCAGGACGAUGGAGGGAUGCCCAUUGUGGAGUAUAUAGUCAAGUACAAGACUGAUAAAGAGGAACAGUGGAUGACCAAGCUAGUCCCAGGAGCGAAUGACUUUGCGAUGCUGCAGCCGCUGCAGUGGAACACAAGAUAUGAAGUGGAAAUCACAGCGCGCAACGUCAAGGGCCUGUCGGAGCCCACCUUCUAUCAGUUCUUCAUGCCACAGAAACCUGACAUUACAGCAGAAUCCCUGUUCAGCGGCAUGGGGCUGGGGACGGUGGUGGGCCUGGGCCUGGGAGCGCUGCUGCUGCUCCUCGUGCUGGUGGACGUCAGCUGCUUCUUCCUGCGUCACUGCGGCCUGCUGAUGUGCAUCACGCGCACACUGUGCAGCAAGAAAACAGCUACCAGCGGCAAGGGCAAAGAAAUAGAAGAGGGCAAGGCCGCCUACCUGAAACUACCGCUGAAGGAAGAAAAUGGAAAAGAGUCUCUCAAGCCGGAUACAAUUGAAAUCAAAGUGCACAGUGACAACAGCAUCCACACAAAGCCCGACGACAGCAAAGCGUAAAACGGGUCGGUCCCUUCCCCACCAACAGAACAUUCGGAUCACGAGACCAAAACCCAGAGAAACUACAACACUGGAAAAUAGUGGAGUAAAAUACCAUAUCUGUUUAUAACAAUGCCCCAGUGACAGGCAUGUGUAAAUACAAAUAAUAAAGAGAAAAUAGAAAGAGAGAAAGGGUCAACCUUUUAGACACCCUGAGCGAUAAAUGUAUCAUGUUCCUAAAAAAACAUGGCAUCAGUGGAAGGCUCUUGUUGAUCAAUGAUUGUUUUUCUGUUCAUAACUAUGACACUUUCUUGAUCAUUCUUUUCUUUUACAGCCCACAUCAGACUUUCAUGCAGUAAGAUGGUGAUAGACAAGCCCCCACUAUGACUCCUUACACCAAGCUGGUAUGCUAGUGUGCCCCCUUCGCUCACACCACUAAUGCUCUUGCUUUUGUUUUUUGUUUUUUGAGCGAAUGCAUGGGCCGACCCUCACUGCGGCAUAUCACAAUUAUUUAAACCCAGUCUGCCGUUUCCAUGCCUGAAUGUUUCACUACAGCAACCUUUUUAUGCCUUUUAAUAGCCGAGCUAGGUGCCUGGCUAAUGUUAGGCAAAUGCUGAGGCAUUGUGUUAAAGGCCAGAUGACUUCAGUGACAAAAGGUCUUAAUGAGAUGUUGAGUUUUUAUAGCUUCAGAAAAAACGCAACUGUUCUUAUGGGAGGCAUUCGUUCCCGGUAACAUUUCAAGGGUGAAAAAUUGUAUCAAAUGGGACCGCUCAUUAAUCACGAAGGAAUUUGGACUUGAUAUUUAAUGAAUAAUGCUUACCGAAGGGCUAUUGUGGAGUUUUUGUUGCAAGAAAACAAAAAAUCACAACAAGAAAGUUGCAGUCUGUGAGGUAUACAUCAUAAUGCGCAUCGAUGCCAUUGUUAGCAAAACCUUUUAUAUUAACACUGAACAUUGUUGAUGCUCUCGGACGGUCUCGUUCUCCAACGGUUUGCGCAUAAGUAGGUUUUAUUCAUCUGUUUGCAAGCUGCGUUUACAGUUCAGUAUACUGUACCUGUGCCAGAGGUUAACUGCACUGCAAGCUGAUGUGCGCUGUGGUAUGCAGCUUGAGAAAGGCCACAAAUGCCCUGAAUGGUGUCACGUAAUUGUUGUGAUGAGAAUGGUAGGACUGAAGGCAUGAGAAACGAGUUUCUGACGAGAAAUAAAUCAACAUGAGUGUCGUGUGUUUUGGAUUAUAAUUGUUUAUUUCUUCAUUCAUUUCUGCCUCAGAUGCAUUUUUUGUUUCCUGGUCUGAUCGCUAUUCUCUCUGAUGUUGUCAUGUGUUGUACAUAGGUGGAAAAAAAAAAAGAAUAUUUUACAGAGCUUUUAUGUAAAUAUACCCCAAAGGAUGUGUCUUUUUUCAAAAUGCAACAGGCUUGGCUUUUUUUGUGAACGCUCCUCAGAUGAAAAACUGUUUUUUCUUUUAAUUUUUUCUUCCUCUGUUGUGUUUUGGUCCAAAGUUCAGUGAUGGUGUAAUAUUGCUUUUUCUAGUCAUUUGCUUUCCCUUAAGAAAAUCCAUGCCCUAAGGCUAUUUCAUGGUAUUUCAAUGGAGACAGUAAUUACGGCAUUAGUGUGCCUUCUCUUCUUUCUUUUUUUUCUCCCCCCUUGUGGCCAAAUGCGGCUGCAGCAGUCUAGAUCUUCAAAAUGAAUUUUUGAUCAUUCUGCUUUUCGCCACAGAAUGUGACAGAAGAUUGAAUUUUAUUGUGGUGCUGUGAACUCUGGGAAAUGUAGUUUAAGAAUCGUGGAUUGUAGUCGACAACACUGGACAGAAACAGACGUGUAUAACUACCAUGUGCGACUAGAUGUCAGGUUGCUGCUGUAACUCUGGAGUAAAAAGCACAGUGAUGCGUGCAGACGUGCGUGCAGACGUGCGUGCGUGCGCAUGCAUGCAUCAGUGAGUGAGUGAAUACACUUGUCUACAUGAAUCAGGUUGCAUGUAUGUCUGUUGAAUGUAUCUGCAAGUACUUUAAGUAAAUAUGUGUAUGUUUGAGUGUGUGUGCCCAUUAAGAGUUUUUCACAAUAAGAGUCUCCCAAUAUUAAAUAAUAAACCUAAAUUUAAAGAGUCAAUAUCUUACUAUUCUGGCAUUCAUUUUGUUAUAAUAUUAAUUUUAUUAAAAGAAAAUAUAUAUAUAUAUAAAAAAUUAGUAAUAUUUUGUUAAUUUAUCUAUUUAUAUUGGAGAGAAAAAAUGUAUUAUAGAGUACACUUUUCAGUUCCAUGAUGCAUUGGGCAGCUCUGCAAGUCAUAUACAGUAGGCUGUGAUGACCACGUGCCAAGUAUGAAUGUCUGAGUGCUGGGAGAGUUCCUCUUUGAGUUAGCGAGAGCUCUCCCACGGAGUUUCAGAGUGCCCUCCGAUAGGUAAAACCUGAUUAUGUAGUUCUCGACAGUGAUUAAUUCUCCAGGCUGCAGCACUCCACGCAUGUGUCUGCGAGUCCCCCGUACCCCACCCCUACCCCAUCCCGCCACCACCCCCUCAGCCACUAUUCCCUCUCAGACUCCAUUUGUUUUUAUCUCAGACCUCAUAGCACUGGCUUUGUUUUGCUCCCAGCGAGCCCUUGUACCUGCAUAUCUCAAAUGGAUGGUCCUGCCAUGGAGUGGUUCCGCUGCCUGUUACGAUGACUGUAAAUAUGGGAGCACAGUGCCUGGAGGCUAUACGAUUUGUACAUGUUCUUUUGUAUUUGAAUAUUACUCUAAAUACCGACCCACCCCUACCUUCUUAUCCUCUCCUCCCCCCCCCCUCUUGUCCUUUCCUCUCUGUCUCCUCCACCUUGGUCCUUUUUCUGUAGGGGGUAAAACAGGUGUGUUUGAGCUCAGUUUACAGUGUGUCCUCUUUGUCCCCCUCCCCUUGGACUGUCCCUGCUGAGUGUGCUUUGUGCAGGAGGUGGGAACUAUUGAUGUCUCUCUGUACGUACCUGUGGAACACUUGUGACUCCUGUCAUUUGCCGCUGUAAAUAAACAUGUCCUGGUAGAAGAGAGUGA